UACCCAUGGUAAAAUAUAUAAACACGAAGCCGGGACAGCAAGUUAUUAUUAUUUAUUAUACGUGUUGAAUUGGUAGCAAGAAUCUUUCACUGUUAAUCGUAACAUCGUCUUUUGAAAGUAAACAACUAGCUGUCACUAACAAAUCAAGAGAAAUGUCGACGAAUAAGAUAUUCUCAAAUCAAAAACAGGCUGCUUUCGCAGGACAAGAUUUAAGCCGAAAAGGGUCUGUUGAUGAACCAAUCAAGGAAUUAGUUGAUUUUAUCAAUUCUUUGGAGAGUUACUUCACAACCAGUUCUUGCUCUGGAAGAAUUGUUGUGUUAGCAGAUACUCCAGAAGAGGAACCAUCUAUUCAAAAGGAUGGCUGCAAAUGGGUACAUGUCUCGCACAUCAAAUGUACUUGUGAAGAAAUAUUUACCAAACUUGAUCCUUCAAUUGGAGAUCUUAGUUUUAAAUUUGAGGCUUUUGUCCUGCAUGUUCAGUGCAGAACACUUGAUGAUGCACAAUUGAUGUUAAGCUGUGGAGUUCAAGCAGGAUUCAGGAAUUCUGGCAUUUCUCUCAAGUCAAGGAAGAAUUCAAAUCAAGAAUGGCCAAAAAUCAUUGUAGCCAUUAGAUCAACUCAUGGCAUUGAGGCUCCCCUAUCAACAGGUGGCAAAUUACUUGUUACCUCAGAGUAUGUGGACCACAUUGUUACUAAAGCUAACAUGCUGAUGGAUGAGAACCUUAAAAGAAUUACCAGAUUUCAUCAAAAACUUGUACAGCAAAUUAAAGUCGAGUGAAAUAUACAAAGGGUUUAAAAAAUGUA